AUGGCUACUUCAGAAGUAAAAUUUCGCGAUGGUGAAGAAGAUUUGCCCAGCCAGUGCAACGAGCCAUUGCUUUCCGUAGAGGAUGACAAUAGUGGGAAUUUUCAACGAGAUACGAAUGAUUGGAUAGGGAGAAAGUGGAAGCCCUGGUGCCUCCAUGUAGCUUUGCUGCUGAUAUACUCGGCUGGAUACUUCAUACUGGUGGUCGCCAGUAUGGCCUCUCAGUGCGUCGAAAACGGAGGAAAAGGAACAAACCAACGUCCUUUGCCUUCUCGGGAGGGUCUUCUCUGGGAAGAACGCAGGUUUCCCACUAAUAUCGUCGACAAUCCCUUUGCGGGCAACCCCCGACCAGAGCUCGACGAGGCAUGGCAUCGGCUUCUUCGUAAUGACAAUAUCCGUGUACCUCGGGGCUACUUAAACGAGCUCAACUUGACAUCGGUACAUACUAAGGACGGAUCAGAAGGAAUAGCAUCCCUCAGUGUGUACCACUCCUUACACUGCUUGAAAAAGGUGAAGAGGAUGCUGUUCAAAGAGUAUUACCACAGCGAUAAAUCCGAGGAAGCAAUGGCACGAGAGGCGAAGCACGUCGGUAUGUAUGCCACUGAACUUCCGCAUGCGACACAUAUUGAUAACUGGCUUCAUGGUGCAGAUCACUGCGUUGAGUACAUCCGAGAGGCUUUGAUAUGUCAGCCGGACCUUUCCAUGGUUACCUUCCGUUGGAUUAAUAACACGGCUCAACACGAGGACAAAACAGCAUUUUACCCGACAAAUUUUGAUGCUUCUUUGCACACAUGUGCCAUGUGGGAGCCACUGGACUCAUGGGCUGGUGAUCGUAUGUUUGAUUUGUUCCAGGUAGACUUACUGCAGAGACCAGCACCAUAUGAGAUUGAGAACCCCUGA